AGUCUGACUCCACCUCCUCUCUAACUCUGGACCAAAGACGCUCUGGACCUCACUGAGCUGCUGGACUCGCUUCAGCGUGUUGGCGGAGUUAGGAGUUCACACACCGGGUAAACAGAGCGAGCCGAGUCCGAGUCCGAGUCCGAGUCCGAGUCGCUGUCUGGGCUGCAGUGAGCUGCUCUUCGUGCCGUGUGUUUGUGUUCCAUGGCUGCUGUGAAGGCUCUUCAGCAGUGGUGUAAGAUCCAGUGUGAGGGCUACAGAGAUGUGGCGAUUACCAACAUGACCACGUCUUUCAGAGACGGCUUAGCUUUCUGUGCUCUCAUCCACAAACACAGACCAGACCUCAUAGACUUUGACUCCUUGAGCAAAGAAAAUGUUUACGAGAACAACCACCUGGCCUUCCGGGUGGCUGAGGAGGAGCUGGGCAUUCCUGCCCUGCUGGACGCAGAAGACAUGGUGGCCCUCAAAGUGCCUGACCGCCUCAGUAUUCUCACCUACGUCUCCCAGUAUUACAACUACUUUCAUGGGCGCAGUCCCAUUGGGGGCAUGGCAGGUAUUAAAAGGCCAGCAGAAGAGUCCAAUGAGGAGCGACCUGGGAAGAAGAACCAGCCAGUCACAGCUAAAGUAUAUGGUUUGCCUAAAGCAGAUACAGAAAAUAAGAGAGACGUUUUGGUUGAGCGUUCCAACAAAUCGGGCACGGUAAGCAGCAACUGCAAUGUCUGCAACAAGCAUGUCCACCUUGUGCAGCGCCACCUAGUGGACGGGAAGCUCUACCACAGGAACUGUUUCAAGUGCAGUGAAUGCUCCAACAUUCUUCUAUCUGGCACUUACAAACCUGGAAAAGAACCAAACACCUUCAUCUGCAAGAUACACUCAAAUACGCAGAAGGCUCCGUCCAACCAGGCUCCACAGGCCACGCUGCCCUCGCAUAGUAGCAAAGCACCAACCAUAAACAUCACACCUUCUGCCCCUGCUGACCAAAAUUCCCCUCCAGCAGUUGCACGUUUGGGAAAGAGCAGCACUCCCUAUAAACCAAGCUCUCUUUGGCAGGUGGGCAAGAUUGACAGUUCCCCUACUCCUACACCCACCCCUCGUUCAAAUCCCCCAACAGCACGUUGUGAAGUCCCCAGCGUAAUGCUAAAAAGUUCUUCAGACAGCAAAAAGCCGGAGUCCCCAAAACCACCGAGCAGCACAGUUCUGAAGAACCAGGAGGCCCGACAGAGAUUCUUUGAUCUGAACCCAAGCCCGACGAGCACCGUGUCCGUCACCAAGAGCAUUACAAGUCCAGCUGUUGAAAUCACAGUGGCAAAGACUGGCCUGGUAGCGGGUUCUGGUGCUGGUGGAGUUACGAGUAAAGGCAGGGUUCUGCUGCGGCCAUCAGACUGGACGAAAGACAAGGAGAAGGAAAAGGAAAAAGAGAAGGAAAAGGAAAAAGAAAACGAGAAGAACAAAGCCAAGUCUGUCAUUAGUAAGUUGGUGACUGAGGAAACCAGCAAAAACAAUAGCUCACCUUGGCGGUCCAGUGGGCUGAAAACGGCAAAUACCGCUGGUAAUGUUUCCUCUAUGGACCCCAGCAGCAAAGGACCUUCUGGUAGAACCCGGUUGACACCACUGCCUGUAGAUCUGGAACAAAAUAACACACCAGCUUCCUCUAAAACACUAAGUUGGCACAGGAACAAAGAUAAAGACUUACCAAAACCAGCUAGUACGCCACUUACCAGUACCAAAGAAGCUGAAAAGGCACCUUCUGACUGGAGGGCUAUGCUCAAGCCUGUUGCCAAGGAUACAAAGUCUGGAACCACUAAAAGCUCAACACUAACUAAUGCGCACAGUAAAACACCUGAGGCAGUGACUCAGCCUCAAACUCCGGCGUCAAACUCCGGCUCCUCACCGUCGUCAGGACCUGCCCCGUCUACUCCUUCACCCGUUCUUACAAUCUCUGCGAGCAGCGAGCGGAAAACGUCUCCUGUGGUCAGCCCGCGUAAAAACGACACCACGUUUUUCCAGUCUGACACCUCGCCUGCUGACUCCCCUUCAGAACCGACGGCACAGAAACAGCCCAAGCUGAAUCCUGACUACAUUCCUAAAGAAGAGAUUAUGAGAGAACUGAAGGACAUUGAGGUUCAUCUGGACGAGCUGGAGAAGAAAGGAGUGGAGCUGGAGAAACAGCUCAGACAAUCUGAGGAGGAGGGUGAAGAGGACACGUUAAUGAACGACUUAAUGGUGGAUUGGUUCAACCUCAUCCGAAACAAGCAGGUCUACAUACGCAGAGAGUCUGAGCUGGUCUACAUUGCAAGAACUCAGGACUUAGAAGAAGAGCAGCCUACUGUUGAAGCAGAGCUUCGAAAACUGAUGGAAAAACCAGAACAUUUGAAGACCUAUCGAGACCGCAAGAGAGAGGAGGAGCUGAUGGCCAAGCUUGUAGAAAUCGUCAACGACCGAAACGCUAUUGUGGAUGGUCUUGAUGAGGACAGACUGAGGGAAGAAGAGGAGGAUGAGCAGUUAAAUAAGAUGAUGCAGAAUCUUGACAUCAAGAAAGAAAAAAAGAAAAAGUCUCCCAUGUCCAAGCUGUUUCGGCGGAUGUCGAAGCGCGAGGCUGCUGAAAGCUGAUGGAGGACAAAUUUUAUACAGGUUUAUUCAGUUACUGUAUGGAUUUCUUUAUAGAUAUAUAUGCAUAGAUGUAUGAUGUAAUAGGCCUGAGUUAACGGGUUAAGCUUGUAAAACAACUAAAUGUCCUUUUAAAAAUGAUUCUAGUCGACAUUUACUCUGUAUAUGUGUAUGUUUGAAUGUAUAAAUGUGUAAUUUUGAAUUCAGAUAUGUGCACAUCCCAGCUUUGCAUUACAGGCUUUUAUUUCUCAAUUACUGGCGAUAUUUGGUAGGUUGGUAAAACAUGAGUAAUAGAAGAAUAUCAAAAUGUGUCGAUUCAUAUUGAAUCCAGCUUCACCAUUAAAUGUUUAGCUUCUUUUAGAUGUAGAUUUUUACAUAAAAUGGACAAGUUUUUGCCAUCAUUUUAUAUGGAGUGGAUAAUUUGGUCAUAAUAUAAAGUGCCUAGAGACUUUCUUGCUUGGAUGAUCUAUUGUACUUGUGUAGUGUGACCAGCAGGGGGCACCGAGGGUCUUAUUCUGGAUUAGAAGCACUGCUUUUUCUUCAAACGCAGUGAUUAACCUGGUCAUAUUUGCAAGUCACAGGGUUUUAUAGUGGGGAUUAGUGAGAUUUAGGCCACAUUAUAGUAAAACCAAUGUCAAAUAUGUUCGGUUAUAAAGUGCCAGUAUUAGUAACCAAUUAACUUAUUGGUCUUUCUUUAUAUUAAAAUGUAAGUGCAUUGUAUUGUGAUUGUCAAUUGAGAAAUGUAAAAAUAAUGUUUUAUCGAACUUGAAAUGUUUAUAAAGAUGCAAUUGUUGCCCUGAAAUAUUCAAUCAAUUAAAUCUUCAUAUUCUGGUCACCCAAACUUAAAUGCAAAAUAAUGUUGAAUAUGUACAAUAAAGUUUAAUUGCUAAACAUUG